UUCUACCGUGGCAAUGGGAAUGGAGUGGUAUGUAUAUGCUCUUGGUAAAGGAAGAGCACUGCACCUCUGGGGGAUCCACAUCUCCCCCAGUAGGGGCAACCCUGCAAAGCCCCAGGCAGUAGCACACAUCCUGCAGCACAGCGACUGCACUGCGCAGGGUGGGCUGCGCUGCUGGCAGGCACUACUAGGUCUUGCAGAGGCACAGGGGAAACUUCCUAAGGGUAAAGCCACCAAACGAGUGAACUUCCUGUUCGAACACUUCCAUUGCAGUGGUUUCACUUGGCUGUGCAUCAUGUGCCGCAGAGGGAGGAGGAGAGAAGCUGUGUGAGCAAGCGAGGGUGCAGCCUGGCCCCACGGGGACGGGACGGCUGGUGGCGCGGGGCCCGGGGAGACCUGGAGUGCCUGCAGGGGGUGGGGACAAGGCCGCGGGCCCACCAUCAGCACCAUGCUCCUGGGGAUCCUCGUGGUGCUCUGCUUCAUCCCCGCUGCCGAUGUAACAGAAAACAAGAUUUUAGUGGCUCAGCAUCCUCUGCUCAUCGUAGCCAACAAAACGGCAAACCUAGUCUGCAACUACUCAUACAAUGGAACAGGGAAGGAAUUUCGAGCUUCGCUGCACAAAGGAACAAACAGUGCAGUUGAAGUCUGCUUUAUUUCAUGGAACAAGACCAAAUCUAGCAGUAAUUCCAAUAAAGAAUUCAACUGCCAGGGGACUUUUUAUGAAGACAAAGUAAUCUUCAAUCUUUGGAACAUGAAUGCCAACCAAACUGACAUCUACUUCUGCAAAAUUGAGGCCAUGUAUCCACCUCCAUAUGUCUACAAUGAGAAGAGCAACGGGACCGUCAUUCAUGUGAAAGAGACACCUGUCCAAACACAAGAGCCUCAGUCUGCAAUUUCUUACUGGGUUAUGGUGGCAGUGACGGGACUUCUUGCUUUCUACAGUAUCCUAAUAACUGCAAUCUUUAUUAGCUACUGGCAAAAGUCCAAGAAGAACAGGUACCACCAGAGUGACUACAUGAACAUGACUCCCCGGCACCCACCCUACCAGAAGAACAAGGGUUACCCAUCCUAUGCACCAACACGAGACUACACUGCGUAUCGCUCCUGGCAGCCGUGAGAGCCACCAGCCGAGCCACCACCGUCCUCUUGUGCUUCUAGGCAGUCACUUGCUCCUGGACAGCGAAGGACAGCCUGUUGUUUUCUCAUCAUGUUUGUUAUUAAUGACCAUGGAUACCUACACCAAAGCAAGGAUUGGCUAAACUUCAGUGUUAUGCAAAAAGAAAAGGAAAAGGGGAAAAAAAAAAGCAAACAUAAAAAAUGGGGGAAAAGUAAAAAAGGGUUGUUUUCCAUGAUGGCUGAUAAGGAGAUGCAACUUGUGUUGAGGGUUGUCAGUGGGUAAGAGAUAAGGAUGGCAUCAGAGCUGGUCUCCUCUUAACACCGGUGUUUUUGCCCAGCUGUUGGGGGAACCAGCACCAGAACAUCUGACCUUUCCCAAUAACUGCUCCCUUAGAUUUAGCCUGUAAUUUCUUUUCCUGAAUGUCUGAUCCUCAGAAACCAUUGUUGCUGUUAAAUAUGGAAAAAUGGGAAAAAAACAAGCUGUCUUCCCUCUGAGAGCAGGGAAUAGUUUGAAAGUCAAGAUGCACUUGAAAGAGAUGGAAAAGUCAGCCAGAAGGCAUCCAAGUAAUUAGGCUACAGUGCAAAUGGGCCAUCAGGACAAACCAGGACCGAAAGAAAAUGACUCAACAUUCAACAUGUGAGUCCUUAGGUUGGACAUUUUGUAAAUGUUCAUAAAGGCCAUCUGAAGUCAUAAGCAAGCAACUCCACAGAGCAUGAAACCAAUGCAUCUCAAGAAAAAAUCAAAUGGGAGAGGAAGAAAGGUCUGCUGUCAUCAUGAAAAGCCCCGUUUGUUUGCCUACAGCAAGGGAACACAAAGCAACAUGGGAAGCAUUAGAAGAUGUGGAAGUCAGAUUUGGAGGAGAUCUUUACCCUCAUUUUUUAAUUUUUGUUUCUAUUCAAAAGGUAUUCUGCUGAGUCCUCCUGAAAAAUCAUCACUUUUUCUGGUACCAAGGCUGUACCAGAGCUCUCUUGAAAAUCGGCAUCCACUAAGGAGUGACUAAAGAUCACUUGAAUUAUUUCCUAGUAAGCAACCAACGUUUUGGGUGCGAGAGGGUCCUCAGGUCCUACCAUUGUGAACAGAGACUGCUCCAGGCACUUUGAACUUUGUGCUGACUGAAGGUUGCCUUUUUAUCUAAAGAUGUUCUUUAGGGAUGCUCCGUGCUGGAGUGAAGUCUUCAACAAAAACCUGCUUCAUACCUUUAAUUAAGUAUGUUUACAUUAACAAGGCAUCCUAAACUGUAAUUGGGGUUGUCUUAGCUUAAGGUCCUUUUUCAUACUGAGGAGAUUAGAUUUAUUUUAUAGAGACUACUGAGUAAACAAACAGAAAAAUAAAAAUAAAUCCAUACUCCCACUUUGAAAUAAAAUUGGGAUUGUUCAAAAUUUAUUUUCCUUCAAAUCAGGAUGAGAAGAUUCUUUUUCUUUUUGAGGGGACAUGACAAAAACAGAGACGCAGAAGUGUGGAAGUGUGGCAACAACCUGCUUUGACAUCUUAACCCGAGUACAACUCUUGGUACUUCCAAAUUGGAAGUGUUAUUUGAAUUUGUAGACCAGGCCCCAAACUAUUCACUCUGGGUCCUACGCUUUACACUUUUCCACAUACAUUUUUGACUCUCUUCCUAAAAUGCCCCUUACUGUGCCUUUGUACUACAGCCGUGGCAGUGAGAAGUACGUGGAGGGGCUUAGGGGAAGGGGCCAGGCAGGUCCCUACAUGGUCCCAGCUGGGCCCUGCUUGCUGGCACUGACCACUGGGAUGCUCCCACCCUGCUCCUCCCUCCUUGCUUGGCCCCGUCAGCAUGCUGGCCUUGUGUCGGGGCCUCCAGCUACUCCUUGCACAGCAUCAGUCUGGUCGACUUUGUCUCACCCAGCUCCACACCAUCCACCAGCGUUGUCAUUGUGUAAUGCAACAUUAACAAGUGCUUUGAUCUCAAUGCUGUGUGAAAAAUCACAUCUUCUAGUGCAAAUGUAAGGUGAGAUGGCAAAUGUGUACUGAAAGCAUAAAACAGGGUCAACUUCUUCACUUCAACUGCUUAUGUACAUUUGUACAUGUAGAUGCAUCUGUUUCACAUCUAUAUUCUUUAUAAUUUUAUUAUACUUUUUGCAAUCUCCUCUUAAAAUUAUUAAAUAGAUACAGUAAAU